AUGUCCGACUAUGGCGGUGGUGACGAUGAUAUGCAGGAUUACGGAGCCGGAGAAUAUGACGAGGGCAAUCUCGUAGAUGAAGCGGACUACGAGGAGAACUACGAAGACGCAGUCGCGGAAGGCGAUGCAAACCAGGCAAAUGGAAAUCUUCACACCGAUGCAACGGACUACAACGAGCACGCUCAGAACAAUGUCGUCACCAGUGGGGAGCCCGGACUGAAUACAGUGAAAGGAGUCAAGAGCAAGAAGAUUGCAUCAGAAAACAGAAUCACAACACCAUACAUGACCAAGUACGAGCGGGCUCGUGUCUUGGGCACGCGAGCAUUGCAGAUAAGCAUGGGCGCUCCUGUGCUUGUUGACGUCGAAUCGGAGACGGAUCCCUUGCAAAUCGCGCUCAAAGAACUGCGCGAAAAGAAGAUUCCUCUAGUCAUCAGGCGUUACCUGCCCGACGGCUUUUACGAGGACUGGACGUGCGAAGAAUUACUCUAG